AAAAAAAGGUUGAGAAACACUGCUCUAAAGGGGCUGAGAAGGAGAGAGAGUCAAGACAGUGCUGGGGGGGAGGGACACUUUGCCCAGCAGUAGGGUGGUGACUUUAGCAGGGCAGAGGUUGUGUUGGGUCUGGUCUUAGCUGGAAUUAAAUCAGGAGGGAGGCUCAGCCACACGCUUCCCUCUCCUGACUGAUCAUUUGUACUUUUACUUAAGGAUAGCAAAAUCCAAGAGAGAACCCACUGCCAAAUACAUGAGCUACAGCUCUGGAGCAGCUGCUGCCCUUUGCCCUGCUGUCUGGAGAGCAGUGACUCAUCACGGGGAUGGAACACUUACCCAGUGUUAUGCUGCCUUUCCCUUUUCACCUUCAUUGGGUGGGGAGCUCAGUCAGGAAGGCACACAAUGCCAGACUCCUGCAGCUUGAGGUGUAUGAGGUACGGGAGGGGAUGUUACUCCUGUGUACACUACCUUCUUUAUUUGGGGGAAGUUGUCUUCCCCAUGACUCAGCCUCUCAGUCCCCCCACUCUUCCACCUGCCUGGGACUCUUUACUAGGAACCUGCUUUCCACACCCCAAAACCAGGGUAGGUGGGUGGGUGGGUCAGUGGUGGGGAGGGGGAGAUUUACACCUCCCUCAUUAUUUUGUUUGGGGGAAUCUGUGAAGCUUUGGGCAUUCAAGGACCUGCGCUGUCAUUCCCCACCUGUGCCCUGUCUGCAGAGCUGGGGGAGCUAGAAGUAUGAAGCAGCCAGUCAGCACGCAGCGCAGGGGGCUUUCAGCUCUGGUGGCAAGGGGCUUCCCCUGCCAAUAUGCUGCUGGCUGUUUCAAAACACUCCAGUAUCAUGUCUGCAAACAACCAGUCUCUUUUUGCCAGCCAUUGCUGACUCCUGGAUUCCUCUUUCCCACUGCAUACCUCUGGGCUUCUCAUGUGACUAUGACCCUUUGCUUUAUUUCUCUGUCUUCUAAGCAUUCACCACACCUUCCAACUCCGUCUCUGAGAAUUGUACUGAUGUGCCACUUCCAAGUGAAGAAGUGAAAUAAAUCCAAUCCUAAUUACACUCGCUGUGCUCCCCACUGAAUCCCUCUCCCAAUUCAAUAAAUCCCCCUUUUUCUUUAUCCCUUGUAGGUUUUCAAUCCACACAGCAGUAUCUUUUUCCAAUGCACUAAAUCCUCAAGUAAGUGUGAGCUGCACUCUCAGUCCCAAAUAUGUGCAUCAUGUUGCGCUCCAACCAUCCACUAACACGUCACUCUGCCAGCAAGAGCCACCAGGGCUGGCAAACCUGACUGUCCCCAGACUGCCUUUUGCUCAUGGUUCCAUUGCUCUCUAGGUGUUAAUGUUGAGGGAUUUUUCUUUCCCUGUUUGUUGUGUUGCUUUGGUAUGGUCGGGUUAGAUGCAGGUCUUGUGUCUCAGUUCCUUGGACCCACAAUGGCGGGGGGGGGGGGGGGGGGGUAUUUUCCAGACUGGUUAUGCAAACAUCUUUUGAAUUUGAUAUGGCCCUAGAGAGCCAUUUAUCAUGUUACCACAGCAACAUGCAGACACCUUGACCCAUGCAGCUGGGAGGUGGGGUUUUGUGGUGAUUCUGUGGUAAGACACAUCUAUGUUUGAGAAUCUGCUCCCUGGAACAGCACAACCAGACACGCUCGGCUCCUGACAUCCUGCUGAUGACAGCGUCUGACUGCUGCUCCGUGAGUAACCAACAGCAGGCUGAUAUGUCAUGAUGGCAGCAAACAGAAGCCAGAAAAUGCAGAACCAGAACGGAAACACGAAGGAAAAUGUGCUGCAGAGGGUCUUGCAGCUGCCAGUGGUGAAUACAACCUGUGAAAGCCUUCAGAGGACAUACAGCAGCACCAAGGAGGUACACCCACUCGUGGCAUCAGUGUGUGAGGCCUAUGAGAGAGGAGUGAAGGGGGCCAGCUCGCUGGCUGUAUGGAGCAUGGAGCCUGUGGUGCGGAGACUGGAGCCUCAGUUCACAGCUGCCAACAUCCUAGCGUGCAGGGGCUUGGAUCACCUGGAGCAGAAGAUCCCUGCGCUACAGUACCCAGUGGAAAAAAUUGCAUCUGAACUGAGGGACUCCAUCUUCAUCCCCAUUCAAAGUGCCGGGAGCACCAUUGGCAGCUCCAUAGCUGGCACCUUGGACUGGAUUUUGGGGCUGACUACUGAGGGCUAUGAACUGACCAAGAGCACAGCAAGAAGCACGACUGAAUACACUCAAAGCAGCCGAGUUAGCCAGAUGGCAGCUGCCGGUGUGGACAGUGUCCUGGGACAGCUAGAGAAGCUGGUGGAGUUUCUCCUGCCAAAAGAGGAGCAUGAGCCAGCUCGGGAGCCCACAAGGGUUCAUGGAUCUGAGGUGACACCCUCCCAGCCACAGCCUGGCACCUUCACCCGGAUCAGGGCUUUGGCCAGCACCAUCUCCCAUCGUGCCUACCAGCAGACAGACAGAACCAUCCAGCACACUAGAGCCAGAGGGCAGGAGCUGGCCACAUGGAUCCCAGUCUUGGGCUCUGUGGCCAGACAGAGCACAGCCAAGGCACAGCAGGUCCUGUGCGAGGUGCAGAAUGCGGCAACUGGCUGGCUGAGCAAGGGGCAGAGUAAGGAGCCGGAACAGGAGCAAGAGGAGGAGCUGAAGAAAGAGGAAACCAAAGCAAGUGAGUUUCCCAGGCUGGCGGUGAAGAAAGAGGAGACGGCGGGUGAGAAUGAGCCCCGCCCUGAGCCGUACCAAAAUCAGGAGGACUCCAGGCCUGUGGUUUCCCCAACCCUGGAGGCGUCCCAGCUGCGUGGAGAAUGGCGAGCCAGCCGAGGCCACCAUCCCCUCUCCUUCCUGGGGCUGGAGGAUCCUUUCUUCAUGCAGCCAAGCUCCUUCCAGCGCCAGGCUCUGCAGCGGGGCCCAGCUUUGGAGCCCGACUACUCUGUCCCCCACAAAUCUGCCUUCUUCCCUUACAGGGAGGUGCCCAGCAGCAGGAGGGUGAACAAAAAUUCAUACCGCUACAGCCCAGAGCCUGCGUACACCAGGGCUCACUAUAGCAACCUCUACACCAUGGCCUUCAAGAAGGACUGAGCGGGGUGGGGGAGGAGCUCACUUCCAGCCUGCUCCACAUGUGCCGGCCUGCGCCUGCUACGCUUAGCGCCUUGUCAAGCAGCAUGUCCAGGGUCUCAGAGCUAGGGUCCGAAGGAGAUCAUCUCAAAGCACUGCUCCCUCUCAGCCCCAGCACAGACACCGGUUGGAGGGGACAGGGAUGGGGACUUGCCUUCCCUCUGGUGGGCCUUUACAUUAUCCUGGGAACCUACUCAGCCCUUGGUUGAAGGAACAAAAUGCUGAAUCCUUAGCAAAGAUGCACCCUUCCCCCCACCCCCUCCCGGUUCACUGUUCCUUGUAGUUACAUGGCUUGUAGUGUGUGUCACAAUGGGCUGAUUUUAUCCCCUGAACUGCCUUGUGAGGCACAUGCAAUAAGCAGGCCAUAGUGUGUAUGCACAGUAAGAGGCAGUUUCUUGAGUGGCAACGUGAAGGCUGGAAACAGGAAAAUGAAGGAAGAUGUAAGUUCUAAGAUGAGGAAGUGGAGAGGGAGCAGAGCAGAGGAGGAAGAGGGAGCAGAGAAGAGGGAAGGGACAGUAGGAAAGGGCAGGAGCUAGGAGGCCAUGUUGCCUGAGGCUGGCCCUUGCUCAGCAGGGCUUAUUGGACACGUACCCGGAAGGGGAGGCCUGUGUUUGCACUGUAGGCUGGGGGAGCAGGCUUCUGCUGCAGAGCAGCCCCUCUUCUUCUAGGGCCACCAGACAGCAGCUUUAUAAAUGUCUGAGGGGAAAACAUGGUUUCCCAUCCUCAUUCCUUCCUAUCCCAUGCAGGCCAACCUUGCCUCAGACCUAGUUUUCCUCUGCAAAACUUCCUUGAGACCCAGGAGCAGCAGUCCCUGCUGAGGGGCAGGAUCCACAGGGGGAUGGGAGCUUGAGUAACCAGGUGUCCAGUUUUCGACGGGAAUGCCUGGUCAAAAAGGGACCCUGGCAGCUUUGGUCAGCACCACUGCCCAGGCCAUUAAAAGUCCCGUUGUGGUGCUGCAAAAGGCAGGCUACUGUCUCCACGUUGCACCCCAGAAGCAGUUAGCAGGUCCAGUUCUUAGGCAGUGGGGCCAUGGGCUUUGUGCUCUGCCCCUGCCCUGAGCACCAGCCCCACACUCUGGCCAGUGGGAACUGGGAGCCUGUACCUGAGGGGAAGAUCAGCACAUGGAGCCUCCUUCCCCUCUCCCCGCCUAGUCACCAGACCUGCUGACCACCUCCAGGUGCAGCAUGGAGGCUCCAGGACAGGCAGGGGGCCUGCCUUAGCCGCGCUGUGCUGCUGACUGGGAACUGCCCAUGCUAAGUCCCUGCCCAGAGCCCUGUCCCACAUCCUGAACCCCUCAUUCCUAGCCCCACCCCAUAGCUCUCACCUCCUCCUGCACCUCAAUCCCCUGCCUCUAUCCACAGCCCCCUCCGACAUUCUGAAUCCCUUGGCCUCAGACUGGAGCCCCCACUGGUCCCCUGAACGCUUCAUUUCUGGCCCCAGCCCAGAGCCUGCAUCUCCAGCCAGAGCCUUCACCCCCUCCUGAGCCCCAGCCCUCUUCCCCAGCCCAGUGAAAGUGAGCGUGGGGGUGAGUGAGUCACCGAGGGACGGGGAAUGUAGUGAGCGAGGGCCAGUCCUUGUGAAGGGGGCAGGGAUGGGCUUGGGUUUGGUUUUGAGCAAUGGGAAAGUUGGCACUCCCCAGAGGCCAGGCCAUCUCCUGCACACAUACGCACCCCCUGCUGUAGGGGCUUGUGGAGUCAGGAACGAGGCAUGUGCUAAGCAAUCUAGCUCAGCGGAGCUCUUGGAGGCCCUUUCUUUCUAUCCUGUAGGAGCAGCGUAGUAUCUGGUGGGUUCCCCUCAGGAAGGUGAGCUGCAUCCCCCUCCCAGCUGUGUGUUUCCCAUCCCCCAAGCUGGGCAACUGGCUUUUCCAUUUACUGCAAUAAUAAACGUUCCUCACUUA